AUGUCGAACUCCGCGCAGGCGCAAAACGCGGAGGCGGAAGCAGCCUCGACUUACGUCGAGCCGGAGAGCCUAUUCGCCCAGUGCACCGCUGCGAUUGGCACGCGCGCCAAUGUGCGCCUCCUCCGGUGGGACUUCCUGGACGAUCGCGCUCGCCGCCUCGCGCUGGCGACGACAGACGCAGAGCGUGCGGCGCUCGCGCUGCCGAGGCGGCAGGAUCUCGAGCGGGACCAUCCUGCGGCGUUCUAUUCGCUGGAUGAGCUGCAGGCGCUGCCACGAGGCAACAAGGCCUUUGCUGGUGGGCCGCUGCCGCUCGUAGCCGUCUCGUACUGCUGGCGCUCUGCUGCGCAUCCCGACCCGUUUGGGCAGGCGCUCGUGCGGUUCGCCGCCGCCGUACGGCACGCGCAGCGUCACCGUGCGCAGCGGCACAACGCUCUUCUUCCCAAGGCCGUGGCCGUCUUCUUCGACUGGUGCUCGCUCGACCAAAAAGAUGCGCAAGGCAACCGGACGGACCAGGAGCGCGCAUCCUUCCAAGGCGCGCUUGCGUCCAUGCAGCUAUGGUAUGCCCAUCAGCUCACCACCGUCUUCAUGAUGACCGACCCCGCGACCGACCCCGCGUCCGACACGCUCGUUGACUCGCUGUCGUAUGGCGCUCGCGGGUGGCCCACGUUUGAGUCUCGUUGCGCGAUGCUCGGCAAGCGCACCUCGCAGCACGCGUGGCCGCUGCUGGUCGAUGUGGCCGCCCUCGGAUGUGACGCCGGCCGCACCGAAGCCGGUCAGGCGCCGCGCUACCCGCCGCUGCGGCCCGACGAGUUCCACGCGCUGCUCGCGACGAAGCGCUUCACGAAUGGUGCAGACGCGGAGCUGGUGGCGAACCUGUACACGGCGACGGCGCGCGAGGUGAUUGGCGGCGCGAGCAUGCUUAAGUUCGGCGGCUUACAGUGGGGCGACGCUGAGCUGGUCGAGCUUUGCGCGUGGCUGCCCCACUGCCAGAAAUUGCGCACGCUCAGCCUCGUUGGCAACCGCAUCGGCGACGGCGGCAUCAGGGCGCUCGCCGCGGUGGCGGCCAGCGGCGGGCUGCAGCAGAUGCGUGAUCUCAACAUUGGUAGCAACGUCAUCAGCGACCGCGGUGGCCGUGCGCUGCUCAAGGCCAUCGAAGCGGGCCACUUCCCGGCGAUGACCAAGCUGGAGACCCAUGGCAACCGCGACCUCUCGGAGCUCAUGCGGACCAGGCUGCGCGAGGCGUUGCGCGCACUCGAUCGUGAGAGGGCGGCGAGGGCGAGAGUGCGCACUUCGUCGGGAAUUAACUAG